AUGUCGUUGAUACUAAGAAAACUUUGUGAGUGUCUGCUGCAUGAACAUUUUGGUUCUAUCGUCACAGAAGUCGCUGCUGAAUUGUUUAAGCAUGGAACUAGAACUUUAAGUCAGAUCACAAGUAGUGUUAAAAUCCCUUCUGUCAAGAUAAAGGAAGCAAUGUGCGUUCUUGUCAAGUUUGGGUUUGUCAUGUACGAACCAACGGAUAGAGGCUUAAUUUAUACUUUGGAAACCGACAAAAUAGUAACAAUAUUGAGGUAUCCAAAAUACAUGUAUCAUGUUAAAUUAAUUAUUGGGGAUGAAGCAGAAAUGAUGCUGGAAGAAGUCUUGAAAAGUGGUUAUGAGAGUGCAUCACAAAUCAUAGUAAAAACUUACCAGAGACUGGAACAUUUACCUCCUGAAAGGCGAGCGACAGUACCAGUUUUAAAAGAAAAAUUUGAAUUGCUGUUGCAACAUCAAUAUUUGUUGCGCAGUCUCAGUUCUGAAACUUUGAGUGAUCUUCCCACCGAUAAGCCUGACUUCAGUUUACCUGACCUCAACAUUAAGGCUAUUACUCGUCUUACACAGGGGUAUGAAGCUGAUGCAGGAGACAAAAAGAUAUACUGGAGGGUGAAUAUUGAUAGAUUCAAUGAAGAUCUUAGGGAUCAAAUUCUUGUUAAUGCAAUAACAAGGCGAAUCGAUGAUAAAGCUGGAGAAUUGAUGAGGCAGCUGUUGUACAUAAUGAGUAUCAGGACUGCAGCAUGGUCUGAUACAUCAAUACCAAUACCAUUAAAUGACAUUAGAGAAAGUAUAAGGAAAAAUGUUCCACAUCUUAUACCCCAUCUUGAUCAAUAUAUGUCACUCAUAGUAGAUGAUUCGAGUCAAUUCAUACAGAGAGUUGGAGACUCAGGGGGAGGGCAGUAUAGUAUUAAUAUAAGGGAAGCUUUUUAUCAGUUAGCUUGGGCUACCAUAGAACACAUCGUAAUGGAGAGGUUUGGAUCUAAAGCAUCUAGAAUAUUUAGGUUAAUACGCAGCUAUAAGUACAUAGACCAGGAAAAAAUUCAACACGUCGCUAUGUUGGGAUCCAAAGAAGCAAAGCUUUUAACCUUUAAUCUCAUGGAAGAAAAAUAUCUGCAGAUUCAAGAAUUAAAAAAACUUGGAGUCACCACAGGGCCAACAAAAAUUUUUUUCUUAUUUCACAUAGAUAUCAAUCAAGUAGUGAGAAUGACUAUAGAACAUUGUUAUCAUUCACUUUACAACAUUAUACAGAGGAGAGGGCACGAAGUUAACAGUAACAAACGAAUGAUUGAUAAAGAAUUACGCAUGCAAACUUUAACGAUCAAUAUGAAAGAGCAUGGAGCCCCCGAGGAGCAAUUGGCAGAAAUCGCAGACAUGAUGACACCUGCAGAAAAAAUUCAGCUAGAGCAAGUCCACGAGAGAAUCAAAAAAUUAGGGAGCAAUGAAUUCUGUAUCGACGAGACGUUGUUUUUAUUGGAAAUGUACAUACGCUAUCACAAAUGACGAUUUUUUAAGAUAGAAUUUUUCAACUGACCCAACUUUUACGUUAAUAAAAUAUUUUCGU